AUGGCCUCUAACGUUUGUACCAGGCUCUUGCAAAAAAGAUGGAGACCCUACGAGGUAGAGAAUAUUCCUCGCAUUGAAGGAAUUUAUGUGAUAGGCAUUUCCAGACUAUCAGAGGAACCUAAAGUGAUCUACGUCGGUCGAUCAAAUGAUGUCCACCGACGGAUGGUCGAACACCAACGGCAACAACUUGCCAUUGAUGAAUUUAUAAAAGAAGAGUUUGAAGACAAUGAUGGGGAGGAUUUACGAGUCAAGUGGAUAACGGAACAUAAUCAAGAAAUAAAGGAAAUGGAGUACAUUUAUUGCAUUGCUGAAAAAGUGGGAUAUUGGCCCAAGUAUAACAUCAAGCGUUGA